UUUGUAUAUAAAGUUAAACAUAUAUUCAAUAUGAACAAAUAUAUACUAAUGUCGUACUAAUAACAAAGUUUCUUAUUGACACGACUAAAGUUUUGGACGCAUCAAAAGGUAUUGCUAGAGUUGUAAAUCAUUAGUAUAAAAUGCCAAGAGUAGGUGACUGUUUUAAUUUUCAUCCUAUGAAAUUGAGCUAUGGAUUUCUCUUUACAAUAGAGAAAGUAGAACAAUUGAAUCAGCCAGAAAAAAAGAGAUCAAGAGAUUUGUUAAAGAAAGUUUGAAGUUUUAUACAAUACAUUAUGCAUGCUACCAUGGUGUAAAAAAUUUCAUUAGUAAAUCAACUGGAAAAUGACCAAAUCAAAGGACCGGAUCUUGAAUUUAAAGCAGAUGCAAACAGAGUAAUAAAGGGAAUAUUUUAUCAAGAUGCUGAAAUGAAAAGGUCCUUUGGUCUAUAUCCUGAAUUAGUUCUAAAUGAUACCACUUUCAAACUUACCGAUUUGUUGUUGGACCACAUGGUAAAAGUGAGAUUGCUUCAAUAUUUCUAACAGCAGCUGAAGGCUCAGUAACACUAAGUGCUAUGCUAGAUACUUUUAAAGAAAAAAAUGGAGUAAAACUUCAACUGUUUUUACAGAUAAAGAUAUGACAGAACGGAGGAAUAAUAAAAAAACAACAUCAAUAACAAUUAUAAUACAUCAUGAAUAUUAUUCACCCGUUGCGUUUAUUAUCCAGAUUACAAGUGCGUGUAUGUUACACCAAAUUUUGUAAUAUUACUAAGAAUCAGCACCAAGUUAUUAGGUCAAUGCAUUCAACCAUAGUUUUGUCUGCAUCAAAAGAUAAACCAAAAAAGAAGAGUUCAUCUGUUGGAAAAAUAGAUUUAAGUAUUGGUGAAAAUUUUCUUGAUUUAAAAGAGUUGAAUAAUGAAAUGCAAGCAAAAGUUGAUAAACUUAGGUUAGAAUACCGCCAGAAGUAUCCCUUGAAAAUCACAGCAGAAUGCAUUGAUAACAUCUAUGUAACAAUAGAUAAUAGUGAUUCAACUUUACCAUUGCGUGAAGUGGCACAUGUUUCAAUGACAGAAAAAGAGUUUAUUAUUCGACCCAUGCUUGAAAAAAAAAAUGUUGAUGUUGAACUCUAUAGUAAAAGGUAUUACAAAUGCAGAAUUGAACAUCAACCCAACUAUUGAUGGUGAUAUAAUAAAAUUUAUUG